AUGCCAAAGCCUCUCCUCCAGCUCAUGGAUCUCAUUCUUUCCCAGAAAAAGACGCAUGUCUCAAGUUUCAAUGUCGCUGCCAAAACGCUUGGACGAGAAUUCUUCAAAGAGAAUGUGGAGGGGAAAGAUUUCGACUCAUCUUCCGGCAAGGACGUUCUCAGCAUCUUAGCUAAUGAGGUCCUUGCCCAGAUAGCUUCGCUUACGUUGGCAGGACACGAGACUACGGCAUCUACCCUCACCUGGAGUCUGUUUGAAUUGUGCAAUCACCCCGAGCAACAAAAUCGUAUCAGCGCAGAAAUAUUGCAAGUCCGCAGCCGGCAUGGAUCUACAGGUAAACUCACCUCAGAGGAUUACGAUAGUAUGCCGUUUAUGAACGCUGUAAUCAAGGAAACUCUUCGAUUCCAUCGUAUCGCUCCCGCCCUGCUUCGUGUCCUAGCUUGCGAUAAUGUCAUCCCACUUUCCGAUCCAGUCACCACUUCUACCGGAGUCAAGGUCACCGAAAUACCCGUGGAGAAGGGCCAACUAGUCGAGAUUGGAAUUGGUUACUACAAUCGUAAUCCAACGGUAUGGGGCUCUGAUGCCGACGUUUGGAAUCCAGAUCGAUUCUUGGGUGAACUGGAUAAGCAGACACCAGUUGGAGUAUACACUAACUUUCUGACUUUCAGCAUUAUGAUCUUUAAAAACAUUUAUCCCAAUACUACCACUAGGCGCUGGAGUCCGCUUUUGUAUUGGCUGGCGUUUUUUGCCGUUAUGGAGCUGCAAGUCAUUCUGUUUGAACUGAUCGAGUCCUUCAAGUUUGCUCUCCCUAAGGCAGGCAUCAACAUCAAGCGACGCAUGCUGGGAUUAUGA